CACCUCUUUUUUUUCUAGUGUUUUUUUUUCUUAUUGUUGUUGUUCCGCAGCUCGUUGCGCCGUGCGGUAUGCAACGCGUUUGGCGCGUUUAGUUUGAAUUGAAAUUGUUGUUAAGAGUUGUAAAAUUAACGGUUCUGUGUGCCCCAAAUGUGGUAAAAAUGUCGCCUGUUGACCAUAAUGUGGGCACUCCCAGUACGGCUGGCGAUGAGGAAUUCCAGAUGGCGGCCAGCACAAGUGGGGAGAAAUGGAAGGAUGUGCCUGACAAGUAUUUACUGGUAAUUGCACACUUUCUGGCCGGCCAAUCUAACGAUACGGAGGACAUGGAGCGCUUCAAUGGACCGAUACUAAAGGCCAGCAUCAAGUCGGUCUAUUGGCUAUUUCUUAUACAGUAUGCGGCACUGGCGCUGCUGGGCGUACUGCUCAACAUUGCCAUCAUUGUGUACAUCAUGUAUCAUCGACUCUACAAGGACAUCACGCAUGCUUUCAUCAUUAAUCUGGCCCUAUGCCAUUUUGUGCAGUGCGCUUUGGUGCUACCCAUUUCGCUGAUGGUGAUGCUACUCCAGAACUGGAUAUUUGGACAGUUCCUGUGCUUCUUUCUACCCAUGCUUCAGGACAUACCGUUACAUGUUGCCAUGAUAUCGCACAUUCUGAUUGCCUGGGAUCGCAUGCGCUGGCUAAACGAUCCGCUCAAGGGCCGCAUACCCGGCUUCGUCUGCUGCUGUGCCACCUGGCUAACUGGCAUGGUGAUUGCGCUCCCCUAUCCCAUAUAUACGAUUUACGUGGAGCUCGGGGUCUACAUGCCGCAGCUGGAUGGCAUUGGUCUGUGCGUUGUCAAUUUGAUGGAUGACAUGCAAGAAUAUUCAAGGGGAUUGUUUCUAAUCAUGUACUGCGGUCCGGCCAUUUUAUUAUCCUAUCUGUAUAUACGUACCUCGCAGGAGCUGCGACCACCGGACGGACCCUUUGCGGUUAUGAUGUACGAGCAUCGCGCUGAUCUUCGCAUGAGACAAAGGAACUCCUCGACAACAUCUGCCGAGCCGCGCACGCACAGCGGCGGGGGCGUGGCUGGCCUGAGCAAUGGACACGGCACCAGCACCCGCUCCUACGAUCUGUACAGCGCCGAGCUGGACGUGAACCGUGAGAAGCGCAAGCAGCGCAACUUUGGCAGCAUGGCCGCCACCCAGGUGGUCUGUCUGUGCCCUCUGAUGAUACUGAGAUUCGCACGGCUUUCACUCGAGGAGACCUAUGAGAAUCAGAAGCAUUUUGAUUUUACCUACUUGAUGUUUGUGUGGGUUGCAUUUCUGCCCACAGUCAUAUUUCCUUGUAUUUAUGCCUCACAGAUAUUGCCAAGGAAUGAACAGGAGCGUCUGCGCGGCUAUUUUCGAUUGUCGGCCAAGCGGAAGAUGAAGUCAAAGCGUCGCAGUGAGGACUGGCGUGACGAUUCCAUUGAAAAGGAUGAGCCCACAAAUACCACCAGCAUUGUGGGCACUGGACAAACAGCGGCAAAUGAGCCACCCAAGACGCUGUCCAAGGGGAACUUAUCAUCGUUGCGUCAUGAGCGUGGUCAGGGUCACGGCUUAACUUCGACUGAUCGGUAUAGCGGUGCACCCUACAGGCAGAGCCAGUCCGGCAGCAAGGAGCGAGAGCGUGAUAGGGAUAGGGAUAGAAAUAGGGAUAGGGAUAGGGGGGAACGGGAACGGGAUAGACAACGCAGUGGCAACACGAAUAGUGGACGCGGCCCUGGCGAUGCUGGCGUUGUUAAUAAUCUCGGCAAAAAUAUGCGUGGCAAGAAGCACGAUGUGAAGAUCAACAUCAUCUCGGAUGGCGGGCAUGCGACAAAUGGAUCGGGACGCAAGCAGCCAGCAAACAGCAGCAGCAACAACAGCAGCAGCCGCAUCAAGACGCCCGGCACCGCUCACCCGCAUCCAGCACAGGGUCUCGGUCGGCAACCGCACGGCAAUCACGGUCAUAAUCGCCACCAGGCGGCAAUGGAGUCAAUGUCCGUUUCUAACAACUCAGUAUCCAAUUUGACAGGAUCGACGUUCUGCAAUGCAAACAACAGCUCGCUGCUGGAUGAUAGCGGUACCAGCAACUAUGGCGAUGGCGAAGAGAGCUCCGUGGUUAGCAGCAGGAUGCAUCCACCACAGCGCUGGCCCAACUCGACCGGUAUGCGUCGCAAGGAUGUCUCGUUCAGCGAAUGCAGCAGCACCACCUUCUCCUCGAGCACACUAGACCGGGACUUGGAGAUCAUCGAUCUGCUGGAGCGUGAGCGCAGCAUGGACAUACAGGAGAUGAUCCAACGCGAGCAAAUCGGCGAAAAGGCGCGUCUGUCUGUCGGCGGCAGUGUUGGCCGCCAGCUACCCGAUAUUGGCAAGCUCUACGCGCAACGUUCUCCAAAAGCCAAACGAGACUCCGGCUGUGGGUAUGAUAAGACAUCUCUAGCGCUGGUGAUGCCCGGCAGUGACCCGCUCAGUAUGUCGCUCUCCAGCAGCAGUCAGCCCACAGAGUACAGUCUGUGCUCCACGCUCCAGGAUCAUCAGCAACAGCAACAGCAGCAGCAGCAUCAGCUGCAGUUGCAGGCACAUCAGCAGCAGCAACUGGAGGAUGAUGAAGUGCCGCAGGAUUUUUACGACAGAUAUACGCCCGGUAGCAGCAACAAUUUGCCGCCAGCGACAAAUGCCGCCGCGGUGCCAGCCACGGCCUCCGCUCAGCCCGUCCCCCCGCCUGCCUAUCAGUAUCAGUAUAGCCGACGGCUAAGUCGCAAGAGCUCCGGCGCCGGAUCGCAUCAUGCGGCUGGUGGUGGUGGCGUCGGCGGCAUCUCCACGCGCGGCUCCAAGCGCGAAAGCUUCAACUCGCUCAACGGCACCGAUCUGAUUGCGGGCGCAUUCUGUGAGCUGGAUCCCACACAGCCGCUGAACAAGAUGACCGGCCUCGAUGUGCGGAUGCGCCGCAGCAGCCCAAGAAACGCCAGCUUCAGCUCCAGCUCGGCACGCAGCUCAAUGAAGUCGAGAGAUUAUGGACAUGGGUCCACUCACUCGGCACACCCUGAACUCGACUUCAGGGAGAAUAUCUUCGCCGAGCUGUAAACGCUCCAUGGCAAACCAAACCAGAAAUUUAAGUCUCCCCAAAUAAGCUCGGAAUGCAGUCGCAUUUUGUGUGUGUGUGUGUGUGUGUGUAUGUG